UGCGGGGCGGGGUGGCUCCUCCCGGCGGGAGGGGGAGGGCGCACGGGAGGAAGGAGGAAGCCGCCAUCUUGGAGCGUCGAGUCGCCAUAACAAGGCACCGGGGCAGCGAGAGGAUUUUAUACCUGGGCGAGGGGGAGCGCGGCUGGUGGCGAUUGAAGCAAGUGAAUUCUGACAUAACUUCGUUAGAGGGCUUUUUUUAAAAAAAAGUUGAUCCACAGUGCAUCAGAGCAAGUUACUGCUUUACUUUUGAGUGACUUACAGGUGCUUGCCUGCAUUGCAAUAAAGGACUCAUAUAUUGAGCAAGACUUAUUUAUCUCUUCGUUUUGGAGAGUCUAAUAAACUGUUAUUACAGUUUCUGUACUGACUUUCAAAGUUUUGAGUCUAAAAAGACAUCUUUAAAGAUAAAACCAUGAGCACGGCCAGAACAGAGAACCCUGUUAUAAUGGGUCUAUCCAGUCAGAAUGGGCAGUUGAGAGGCCCCGUAAAACCCAGCGGGGGCCCAGGAGGUGGAGGCACACAAACUCAGCAGCAGAUGAACCAGCUGAAAAACGCCAACACAAUCAAUAAUGGCACUCAACAGCAAGCACAGAGUAUGACCACCGCUAUUAAACCUGGUGAUGACUGGAAGAAGACUUUAAAACUCCCUCCAAAAGAUUUGAGAAUCAAAACUUCGGACGUGACCUCCACAAAAGGAAACGAGUUUGAAGAUUACUGUUUGAAACGGGAGUUGCUGAUGGGAAUUUUUGAAAUGGGCUGGGAAAAACCAUCUCCUAUUCAGGAGGAGAGCAUCCCCAUUGCUUUAUCUGGUAGGGAUAUCUUGGCUAGAGCGAAAAAUGGAACAGGCAAGAGUGGAGCCUACCUCAUUCCUUUACUUGAACGGCUAGACUUAAAGAAGGACAAUAUACAAGCAAUGGUGAUUGUUCCCACCCGUGAACUAGCCCUGCAGGUCAGUCAAAUCUGUAUCCAAGUCAGCAAACACAUGGGAGGUGCCAAAGUGAUGGCAACCACAGGAGGAACCAAUUUGCGAGAUGAUAUAAUGAGACUUGAUGAUACAGUGCAUGUGGUGAUAGCUACCCCUGGGAGAAUUCUCGAUCUCAUCAAGAAAGGAGUAGCAAAAGUUGAGCAUGUCCAGAUGAUAGUAUUGGAUGAGGCAGAUAAGUUGCUGUCUCAAGAUUUUGUUCAAAUAAUGGAAGAUAUUAUUCUCACGCUACCUAAAAACAGACAGAUUUUACUCUACUCUGCCACUUUCCCUUUGAGUGUACAGAAGUUCAUGAAUUCCCAUUUGCAGAAACCCUACGAGAUUAAUCUGAUGGAGGAGCUGACUUUGAAGGGAGUUACUCAGUACUAUGCCUAUGUCACUGAGCGUCAGAAAGUGCACUGCCUCAACACGCUCUUUUCCAGGCUCCAGAUUAACCAGUCGAUCAUUUUCUGCAACUCCUCUCAACGGGUUGAAUUGCUAGCCAAAAAGAUCUCCCAGCUGGGCUAUUCCUGCUUCUAUAUACAUGCUAAAAUGAGGCAGGAGCACCGCAAUCGUGUAUUCCACGAUUUUCGGAAUGGCUUGUGCCGCAAUCUCGUUUGCACUGACCUGUUUACCCGAGGUAUUGAUAUCCAGGCUGUGAAUGUGGUGAUAAACUUUGAUUUCCCAAAGCUGGCAGAGACUUAUCUCCAUCGCAUUGGCAGAUCAGGUCGCUUUGGUCAUCUUGGCCUGGCCAUCAACUUGAUCACCUAUGAUGAUCGAUUCAACCUGAAAAGUAUUGAGGAGCAGUUGGGAACUGAAAUUAAACCCAUACCAAGCAACAUUGACAAGAGCCUGUAUGUGGCAGAAUACCACAGCGAACCUGUAGAAGAUGAGAAACAGUAAACAUGUAUGUUUGCUUUGAUUACACAUGCCAGAAGGUGAAGCCCUAUGAUCCAGAUCUGUGACACAUCGUUUCUUUGGGGAUACCCUUCUCUUUGUGGGUUUUUCUUCGUCUUUUCAUUUCGAAACUAUGAAGACUAAAGAGCUCGGCCUUUUUUUAUUUUUAAAUUUGGCAGCAAGGAAGAAAGAAGAUAAAAGGAGGAAUAUCUUUUUGUUUUUCCACUUGUUUGCACUGUGUGCUGAUUGAACAUUAGUUGCACUAACUGCUGGUUUUAAAUUUUGUUUUCUUUGGGUGGGAGGGGCAGCAAGGGAAGAAGAGAAACCCUGAAAAGAGAAGAAUCUUGAUGAACGCGAGCUUGUCUGCUAUUUCAAAUUCUUUAACCAUCGACUGAGUGCAUUUCAACUUCUCCCUGGUUACUCAUCUGUUUUUUAAGCUAAAGAGCUUGUUACUUAUUCGUGCAAAGUGCCUUAUGCUAUGAGACCAUUCAGAAUAUCACCUUUCCAACACAGCCCAAGGAAUCAACAGCUGUUUUUGGUUUCAGGUCAAAGUUCCCCUCUCUUCCCCUUCUCCUCCUUCCCAAGUACUCAAGCCCAGGGCUGGGAGGUGAAAUGUAUUGGUAAUACUACUUUUUUCUUCAACUUUUUUUUUUUAACUGGAGGAGUUGAUAUGCAUCUGCAGUUCACCCAAACUGUAAAUAUCUGUAUUUAAAAUGAAACCAACUUAAAAUCUGGGCUGAUUAGGUGCAGCAUCAUAGCUCCAGAAGGAAAGAGUAGCCUGUCAUCCUUUGCAGGAGCCAUAAGAAAAGCCCUGUGCUCUAGCAGAACACUAAAGACUGGUUUCCAUAAGUCUCCAUUCGUAGUUACAGCACUUGAUAUGUAGACUUGUUUCAGAGCCAUGGCCCUCUUUCCUCUGGUGCAGUGUGUCCCAUAGAAAAUCAGAUGUGUAUAUUGUACAAACUUUGUAAAUAUUAUUUUUUUUCUCUUUGGGUUCAUAUAUAACUUUUUUCUUUUGUGAUGAAGGUUGCUGGGGUUAAAGGGAUUAGACUGAUUAUGGGAGCAGCUAAAGAUGAGAGGGGCUCAGUUUUCUGCAACACUAAACAGUGAGAAGUGCUCUGACCUCUGUGAAGUGCAGGCCUCCACAAGUGUCCCUUGUCAGUGUGGCUGUGCUUUGGUGCUGGCAACACUGUCCUGUACCACUCGUAUGGAAGAGAUCACUUGGGGGGCUCCAAGGCCUCCAAAUCCAUAGCUCAGCCUUUUUGGAGAUGCUCUUUGAUUUCCCCCUUAGAAACUUCAGGAGCUUGACAAGCUCUGAAGGGGCCCAUGACCUGUGUUCCACCCUGGUGGGAGGGAAAUCCAGUGAGUGUCAGAAUUUCUGAGCAGUGGAUGUUUAAGAUGUGAAUUUGAGUUUAAGAGAGACCAUAGAAAACCAGUUUACAUGCAUAAACUGACAGUUCUGGAGCUUUAUGGAAGCGAUUCACUUCCUGCAGCACUGUGCAUUUUCUGCCCAGAGCAGCCUCUGUGCAGAACUGUGAGCAGGUAAGGGCAAACCCCUGUUAACGUCAGACACUGCAGGAAGCUGCUUGCCAUCUCCUCUGGUUUGGCAUGAGUUGCUGUCUGUCAUUUUGCAUUGUAUAUUGCUGAAAAGUGCUAUCUGGUCAAGUAGUGUUGCUUUAAAUUGUGCCCCUCCCAACAUGCUUGAUGUUUGGCCUGAUCUACAGGCAAAAGGAGUGAGACAAAUCAAAAACUACUCUUUUUAAAAUCCCUUUUAGCCUGUUCACCACCACUGUCAGGAGGCACCUGGAUGAAUGCAAUCCCUUUUGCUCAUUUGUUUAUUGCAUAUACAAAUGCUGCACUCACCAUGCUUGCUUACCUUUGAGGCAGGAAUUAAUUGUCUUAAUUUCUCCCAUUUUGACCCUUUUUUUGAAUUGGAGUAAAAUUGUUUGGAACAACAAGGCGGACUUUAGCCAUCUGUUUCCUUGAGGAUCAUACAUAACAAGCCAGGUGCCUCCUGACAACAGCUUUACAAGAUGGAAAGGUUUUUGUGUUUGGGAUGUUUUUCUUCCUUUUGUCAGCAGUGACUCCAUAAUUGUAGCAAAUGCUGCACUAGAGUACAAACUCAAGAGCUUGGUCACAGACACACUGUGAGCCACACAGCUUACAUCUGACUGGCAGGUACUAAAUGUAAACAAUUUUGGGGUGCUUUUGGGGGUGGGGGGUGGGAGGUUGUGGGUGGUAACUUUGACCAAAAGUAAAAUCUUGCUCUUGUACUGCAGCCAGCUUAUGAUUUUCCAGACAGAAGAGGGAUCAUUUUACUGCAACGAACACAUGACAAAUGUAAAUAAGUUUUGUAUCUUACCAGGGCAUGCACAUGUACCAAGAACAGGAUAGCGAUGUUGAGUCAGGUGUGUGUGCUCUGCUUGGAUUUGUGGUAGGUUAGCCUGGUGCCAUGCGUUGAUGGUCCCUCUUGAAGCACAGAACUUUUGAAAGUAUUACUUUAAACUUGGCCUCUCGUUGAGGAUUGGCACUUAAUCUAAACUAUCAGGGCACCAUCUUUAGGUGGCUUCUUGUCAAGAAGGAAGCAGCCUAUUUUUGGUGCUAGUAGGCUAUCUUGAACAGAUGCGAUCUUGCAAAUGGAAAGAUGCUCCAAAGGACUAGGAUAAUCCUAGUUUUUUUUUUGUUUGUUUGUUUGUUUUUUAUUAUUAUUUUGUUUUGGGGUUUUCUUGGUUGUUUUGUUCCCUGUCCAAGAGUAAGGAGUGUGUAUAAAUCUUGGCUUCCUGAGAUUCCUUGUGAGCUCCAGUUCUUGCUGGUCAUGUGCCAGCCUUUACAUAUGCAUUAGUUGGAGCCUUCAGUGAUGAGCCCUAGGUCAAAUACUUCCUCUGACAAAGUUGAUGUGAAUGAGAACCUGAUGUAUUCUGCACUUUUUAACUCGGAAAUCAAAAGCGUCACUCCAUGAAUCUGUGAAAUGCAGUUUCACAGCUGGGCAAGGUGGCUGUGAAGAGAGUGGCUCUUCAGCCACUUGAGAGAACCUGUAGGAUGGUCUCUGGGUGUGCUGGGGGGCACUGCAGCUGCUGGAGGCCUUUUCCCAAAGGGAGGGGGGUGGGUUGGUCUCAAAUACACGUUCCAAUUUCCAGAAUGAGAUGGGAGCAUCUUUCCUUUGCCCUCUGUGAUUUUUUUUUUUUUGUGGGUAAGAACAGGGAAGCUCAACAUGAAUUCAUGUUGCGUAUAUGGUGGUAUCAAAUCAUCUCAUUCUGAUCUUCUGUUUAUUUUCAUUUGGGGUGGGGGGGAGGGUGUCUACUCCAAGAAUUUAAAAAUGCUUCAAACACUGUUUUCUUUACAAAUGACUGAUAGGACACAAAUCUGAGCAGAUGGCUGUCUUGCCUCAGUUUCUGUAGGAGAGGUUACAGAGAUGCCAUGCCAUGUCUCCUGAGCUGCCAUUGUGGUGGUUCUCGCCCUGGUGCUGAACUUUGUAGUGCUGCUGGGGCCAACUGAUUGUUGCUUUCUGAGGACAAAGUGAAUUUUGUUCCCAGAAACUCCAGCAGUACAGCUGCCAUGGUAGAGGUUGGGCAACUGUAGUCCCUGCAGGGAGUUUUCUGGUUGCUGUGAACUUCUGGUCCAUCUUUUUUGCAUCACAGCUUAUCUCUGUAAUAAGCCAGGUCUCUGGACCAAAGAGCAUGCAUCUGAACUUCAUAAGGAGGCUUUGGCAGAUUAGGCUGUAAGUUUUGCUCAGUUCAUUGUUGUGUUGCUAAAAUGCCUCUAUGGGGAAGCAUUGUUAAAUUCUGCUGUAGACAAGUUAGGGAAGGGUAAGGAGGGAAGGGGGGGAUGGGUUUAUUAAGAUACAGCCUUGCUGUAUUUUAACCAAUAAUUUUGGGGAAGGGGUGUCAGGAGAAGGAAAAUAGUCACUAUUCCCUUUAUUGAAAGAAACUGGAACUUUUAUUUCAAGAAAAGAAAUUAUUUGCGAUUUGAGUGGAGUGUCAUAAUCCACUGGUCCCUAGACAAGGGGUUGAUAUUCUUACUGUUAACCAGCAAACAACAUGGUCUAGUCCUUGAAAACAGUCGGGGGAGGGAGGGGACAAUUGGCUUUCUGUUAAAUUGGCAAACUCUCCAGUGGAGCUCAGAUUUUGUUGAGAUGUGUUUUUCUGGCUGUAUCUGUGUUGCAGCACUGACUUGUGAAGAACUUCAUGAGUUGCAAAUGCAAAAAACGAUGAAUGGUAAAAUCCUGAUUUUGUUGAUUUAACUCAAUAAAAGCUCCCUGGAACUCC